GCUGGUAUUUGAAAAUGAAUGAUCUGCUGCUGCUGCUGCUAUAGACACAGAGCUCGGUUGUAGGAUUAGUGGUGCUUCGUUAAGAGAAAAGGAAAACAGCAACGAGAGGGCAAAAAAAAAAAACCUGUUGGAGAGAAGAACCCGAGACGAGAAUCCUCUAACAAUGCAACUGACCGCGUGCGAGCCCAGCGCCAUGUCUGAAGCAGUGGCGGUGGAGCCCCCACAGGCAGGAGGCCUUCUGGGGUCGUGUGGCGCAGGAGAAAGUUCAGCGUCCCUCGACGACUGCAUCACGGACACAGCAAAUGAGUCUUCAGAGGAAGAGUCCACGGGGGAGAAGGACGAGGAGAUGGCUGCCCGGCACGCAGCCCCCCCCACCACCAGCAGCAGCACGAAGACCGAAGCGGCCGCUGAGGUGCAGAGCUCAGACACACAACUGGUGAAUGCCCACCAGGGCCCAGAGUGCCGGCUCUGGACGACGCGGCGCGACGGGGAGGUGAAACUCAGGGUGGGGGACUCUGGCGUGGCUGCGGAGACCCCUCUGACGGUCAACCAGAUGUUCGCCGCCGCUGCAGAACGUUUCGGUGACUUCACAGCGUUGGGCUGGAAGGAGGGCGAGCAACAGAAAACCCUCAGCUACAAAGAGUACUACCAGACGUGCCGCAACGCUGCCAAGAGUUUCUUGAAGCUCGGCUUGGAGCGAUACCACGGAGUCGGGAUCCUGGGCUUCAACUCUGCAGAGUGGUUCAUCGCUGACAUCGGAGCCAUUCUGGCAGGUGGGUUCGCUGUGGGGAUUUACACCACCAACUCUCCUGAGGCCUGUCACUACGUAGCAGAAAACGCCAAAGCUAACAUUAUCGUGGUGGAGAACCACAAGCAGCUGCAGAAGAUCCUUCAGAUUGAAGACAAGCUGCCUCACCUGAAAGCUAUCAUCCAGUACAAAGACGCGCUGAAAGAGAAGAGACCAAAUCUGUACUCGUGGGCAGAAUUCAUGGAGCUCGGGCGGAACGACCCGGACGAGCCUCUUGACGCAAUCAUCGCCAGCCAGAAGCCCAAUCAAUGCUGCACGCUCAUCUACACCUCAGGAACCACAGGCCAGCCCAAGGGGGUCAUGCUGAGCCACGACAACAUAACUUGGACCGCGCUCUCGACGGGGAUACACGUCAACCUGAAGGACGCCACCCAGUCCCAGGAGGUGGUGGUCAGCUACCUGCCGCUGAGCCACAUCGCCGCGCAGAUGGUCGACAUCUGGGUGGUCAUGAGGGUCGGGGGGGCGACCUACUUCGCCCAGCCAGACGCCCUGAAGGGCUCUCUGGUAAACACCCUGAAGGAAGUGCGUCCCACGGCCUUCAUGGGCGUCCCGCGCGUCUGGGAGAAGAUGCAGGAGAAGAUGAAGUCUGUCGGAGCGAAAUCUUCAGCUGUGCGGAGGAAAGUGGCCGCCUGGGCCAAAGACGUCGGCCUGCAGACCAAUCUGACCAAGAUGAACCAAAACGCAGCAGCUGGCCGCGCCCCGGUGAGCUACCACAUCGCCAAAAAGCUCGUCUUUAAGAAAGUACGCAAGGCUCUGGGACUGGACCGCUGCAGCAAAUGCUACACGGGUGCCGCCCCGAUCACCAAAGACACGCUGGAGUUCUUCCUCAGCCUCGAUAUUCCCGUUUACGAGCUCUACGGCAUGAGCGAGAGCACCGGACCCCACACCAUCUCCAAGCCAGAGGCCUUCAAGCUUACCAGUUGUGGUAAAGAGAUCCCUGGGUGUAAAACAAAGCUCCACAGCCCCGACGAGGAGGGAAACGGCGAGAUCUGCUUCUGGGGCCGCCACGUCUUCAUGGGCUACCUCAACAUGGCCGACAAGACGCAGGAGGCCAUCGACGAGGACGGCUGGCUGCACUCGGGCGACCUGGGCAAACACAGCGAGGGCGGAUUCCUCUUCAUCACCGGGCGAAUCAAAGAGAUGAUCAUCACAGCGGGAGGUGAAAACAUCCCGCCGAUCCCCAUCGAGGACGCAGUGAAGGAGGCCGUGCCGCUGAUCAGCAACGCCAUGCUGAUCGGAGACAAGAGGAAGUUUCUGUCCAUGCUGCUCACCAUCAAGUGCCAAGUGAACGCCGAGACGGGCGACCCCGAGGACGAGCUGACGCCGGAGGCCGCGGAGCUCUGCCGGAAGCUGGGCAGCAACGCCACGCGCGUCUCCGAGGUGGCAGGCGGCCGGGACCGCGCCGUCCACGCCGCCAUCCAGGAGGGGAUCAACCGGGUCAACGAGAAGGCGACGUCCAACGCCCAGCGCAUCCAGAAGUGGGUCGUCCUGGAUCGGGACUUCUCCGUCGGCGGAGGAGAGCUGGGUCCGACCAUGAAGCUGAAGAGGCCCGUGGUGCUGAAGAUGUACAAAGACCAGAUCGACAACUUCUACAAAGAGACGCCGACUCCAGCGAGCCAGGACAACCAGCAGCGUCCCACGUAGGCGCGUCUGACCCGCGGUGACCUUCAGAGAGCCAGCGCCGCGCCCCACCGGCCCUACGACCGCGUCGCCUCAGGCUCACGCCGGUUCUCCUUGUACAGACGAAAGCAGAGAAUCAGCGGUAUGGUUUUAAAUGUGAACGCAGCUAUUUAUUUGCAUCUCUCUGAGGGGGGGCCGUCUGCGGAGAGAUGGCACCGAAAUACUUGAGCUACAGCCACAGAUUCCAAAACGCAGCAGUUAAUGGGAUGUUUUUUCUUUGUUUUUGUUUUUUUUUAAAUGGACUUGUGAUAUUUAUUUCUUAAGUUUGCCAAAGUUGACGUACUUAUACCAAACAGAACACGAAUCGAACGAAGUGGAAAACGUUCCACUUGCUGGUUGUUGUUGUUGUUGUGCAGGAAAUAUAAAACGUGUGAACUCAAAGCUGUCUCUAAAUCCAAAACAUGAAGCCAUACUUGUUGCUUUUUUAUUUUUAUUUUUUUUCCUACCUGUGAAGUCAUCCUGUGUUUUGCUUUAUGCUUACUCGUUUAUUUUGUGGAAUAUUGUUCGUAUGUUUAUUAUAUGUUCUACGGAGACCUCUUGGUUGAAUCUGUUCGUUUCAUCAGAGCUGACGGUGGAAUGGACUUUUUGUUAAUUAUACACGUCAGUUUAUAUCUCAGCUAAAAAAAAAAAAUUAUAAUCACCUCAUUCUCAUGGAUCUGCGAGUAUAUUUUGGCCUUCUUGAAGAUUUUAUUUUUUAUUGAGCGUAAACUUAAGAAGAAAAUGCGUAUUGCACUCAGUACAGCUGACUAUACAUGUGAUUGUUGUAUAUAAUGUUAUACAGAGGCGACAACUUGGUGGUUCCGGUUCUCUUAAAGCGGCUGAAGUUGACUGUAAAUAAGAGAUAUUUAAACAGCUGAAGAAAGGAAAUGACGGUUAUUCAGUGUCGGGGGUUAAGUGGGUUUUCAGUUCCUGCGUUGAUGUUUAAUGGAAGGAAAAAAAAAAAGAAAAAGGCUGAUCUAAAUUAAGCUGUGGUUUAUCAGUGAAGAGGUGCUGAAACGUUGUCCGCUAGCGGUGUGAAAGCUCACGACAGCCCAGACAGAAACUGAAUUUACCCGAACCUGAGCUGCUGUUUGAUCAGAGAACGGCUUCACGCAGCGGAGAUGAAGUGAAGCAGGCCUGUUUAUCCUGACAGAAAUGUGAAGAUUUCUUUCUUCUGUUCUGCAAUAAAAUAUUAUUACAAUCCUG